GGAGUCUUGCCACAGUUCCACUGCUAACAGAACUCUGUGUAAAGCACAUUGUUGGAAACUUUGAAGGUGAGAUUGAAUUCAUUGCAUCUUUGAUUUGGAUUCUAAAAAAUACAUUAGGCUUCACUACAGUGAUACAAGUGGGUCUUAGCAUUGCCUCACUGGAGAGUAUGACACUUUUUGUAGAUAAUCCAAUUCUUGAUGAACUCCUUCCAAAGCACAAGUCCAAAGUGCUUGAUGCUCUUUCUACAGAAAUUGCAAUGAAGUAAGUACAUGUAGUAAUCGUAAGAUACACUGUCGAUCUCAUUGAUUAUUUUCUGAAACCAAAAGAUUUAAACUUUAAGGAUUGUAUGCAUCUUAAAAUCCCUUAAAAAUCCUUGAAUUUCAGGAGGCCUUGAAAGUACUUGAAAUUGGGUUAUGGUUCUCAAAAGUCCUUGAUUUUUUUACCGAAAAAUAAAAAAAGAGAAAUAAAAUGAAAUAAAAAGCUUUCAAAAUACACAAAAUAGUUAUUGUUUAUUGGUUUCCUGUACUCUCUUGUUACCAGUGCACUGUGCAUCUCCAUGCUGGCUGCAUGGAGAAGGACACCUGCUUGUGUUUUCAUAAUUCAAUCUCUCUCUCUUUUUUAACCUGAAAAGUUGCACAAACCCUGAACUAAACAAUGCAUGAACAACAAGUUUUCUCUUUCUUUUGUAAAAUAAAAAAUGUCUCAUUAAGUUGUUCCGCACACUCAUGAUGUAGACUUCUUAUUUUUCAUCUGGUAACAUGCUAUAUUAGCGAACUCUCCUUCUGACCAACAUUGCUUUGAAAAUUCUAUAAUCAUGAUAUUUAAAUUUUUUAUUACAUAACCUGACAGAGUUACAGCUAAUCUCGUAUCAGAUGAGGGUUACUGGAAAAGAUGCUGUAAGGCAAGAUGGGAAGUAUGCGACAUUAAUCAACAUGGGAUUAGCUGGAAAAGAAUGUACUUUGAGAGGAAUCUGGAAGGUUUGUAUUAAAGACUUCUCUUCUUUUGCCCCACUUAAACCCCAAUUUUUACUAGGCCUGCAAUGAUACCUUGAUGCAUUGACGAACCAUGAUAUUUCUUCCCAAAAUAAAUUAUUUUGAUUAUCAAUAUUCAGUCAAGAUAUCACAAUAUUAUGUUUCAGUUAAAUGUGUGCUACAUCAACAAAAUUUUGAAAUCACUGUCCCUAAUCCUACCGAAGCUAUGCAUUUAAGCCCUUGCAGGGCAAUUUGUGAUGAAACCAAAAUGAAAGGCCAUCGUAAUAUGUUUAUUUACAUUCACAUAACCUCUCUAUUUGACCUGCAGGUAUUAUUGAGAACUUUGUUCCAGAAACCACAGAUCCAACUUUGGUAAGUUGUAAUAAUAUAGCCAAACAAGAGCUCUGACCUGGAAAAGUAUUUGGUGGCUAUUGUGUAGACGGACAGUUUCCUCUAUUUCUCAUUUUAAAGAAACUUAUUUCCUAAAACUGGGUCACUUAUAGUAAUACAUGUACCAUAGUUAACUUGACAUAAUCAUAAAAAAAGAAUUAUUUUAUUAUGUAUCUAUUUUAUUUUGUGCACAGUUAAAUGAGACGCUCAAGCUGUCAGCCCCAUACGUGAGAGGCCUGAACAUCAGACAGCUUCUACCACCUGUUAAAGAAGCUUUAAUCAAGGAUGAUGAUGCCUCUGAUGCGUAAGUACAAUAGAGAUCAUAUUUAUUACAGAGGAAGAUGCAGUUAAGCCACAAUGAAUCUGUUAAGGCAGAGAUGAUCCCAGAUUUUGAAUGAGGUACUUUAAGGUGUUUUGCUCUCCUGCAAGCUGAAGGAUCAAGAAGAAGGCUCAACUGGGAGAGAAGUAUGUGCUUACCAGCAAAAUAAAGAAAUAUUGAAAUAUUUUGAAAAUCUCCCAACUUGUCUGCUCUGUGCAUUUUUGUCAGCUGAGUUCUUUGAUAUGAAUGGAACAGUUAUAUUCAUGAAGACUCAUAUUUUUUGGAGUAAUUAGAAAGUUGCCUAUAAUAUUAUGCAUAGCAAGCUUUUCUGUGCGAGUUCGUCAAGGAAGUUGGAAGAGAGCAAAAAAAACUCCAAUUUUUUUUGGCUUCCGCUCCAACUUUUGUGCAAGACUCGAUUGGAAACGCUUGCUACGCAGGCUAUGCCUAAACGGGCUGUAAUAUUUAAGACUGCUGUUGUUGUUUGACAAUUUUUUUUUGUCAGGAAUGGAAUAUUCCUCUUAUUCACUAGAGCUGCAAUAAAGCAUUAUUCAUACAAUCAGUUUCACUUCUCUUUCUUUCUUCAAUUUUUAGUGGCAGUGAUGCAGGUCAAGAUGGUCCAAACAUUGAUCACUUUGACUUUGGUCUCAUAACCCCAGGGCUAGUACAUCUAGAAGAACUACACUUGACUUAUGGGUAAGUGUUCAUCAUCAUUGUAUUACCUUGAAAAAACCUCAAAGUAGCCAAAAUUUUUGGUGUUACCAUUUAAAUGAAACCACUUACGCGUGCUGAACCCCUAAGAACAUCUGCAUGGGAGGUUACCACUUCGGCAGUUCCUUCACAUGUAGCCUACGUGCAGACGUUUUCUAUUUUUCUGUGUGCAACAAAGGAAACAAAAGACGUUUACACGCAGACUACUUCACUUGGUACCCUCUCUUUUGUCAAGUGGAAUUAUGGGAUUUGUCUAGAAUAUUGGCUUUGACUGACAGACAGCCAAUAACAUUGCGACUUAAUUGACCGAUCAGGGCGAUAACCAUUUGACAAGAUAAACUCACUUUGACUCUAAAGAUGACUACCACUAAGAUUGUUGCAACGCUAGUCACCAUCAACUGCAGUCCUAUUCAGGGGACAAAAUUCUUGGUUCUUCAAUUCAAACAAAACCACUUCAGUUGUUCCUGUACUUUGCUCCCUCUGUUUUGCAUAGUCAAAUUUGGGGAUUUGUCUGGAAUAUUGGCUUUGACAGAAACACAACCAGCAACAUUGCAACUUAAUCGAGCAGUCAGGUCAAUAACCAGAGUUUAAUACCACCAACUGAUGUGAUAAACUCACUUUGACUCUGAAGAUGGCUACUGCAGAGGUUGUUGAAAUGUCAGUCAGUGUCAACAGCAGGGAUAUUCAGGACAACACAUGCCUGUACGAUCAUAUCCCAUAUACUUAUGAUAUGAGUCCUAGAUGCAAACCUUUCACUAUCUUAUUUCUCUGACAGGGUUCGUGGUUGUGGCAUGAAUUUUGAGUGGAAUUUGUUUCAGUUUACAGCAAGAGAUUGUCUUCUGCUUGCCAAGGUAUUUUAUUUAGAAUUGUUGUGGUCCAGAAAUGUCCUUGUCUUUUUACCGUUGACACAGAAAUUUUUGGUGCCCAAGCCUGCCCUGCAAAUCUCCUACCCUUAAAAAAACACUGAUGCCUUUUUUAUUGAGUUUCAGCAGGGGAAAAUAAUAGUGUUGGACUGUCUGGAGCACUUAUGAGUUAAAUGUUCAAGGACAUUUUUUUUACUGUGGUUGAGUUUGAGUGGCUAAAAAAAUCUUAAGCUACUUUGUCAAACAAUCAGAAAUAAUACGCAAACAAAAGGCGACUUGCCUACAUGUUAGGCUGUGAUGCUCUCCCCCCAACUUUUGCUACGAACUCGCGUGGAAACGCUUGCAAAAAGUAGUUUAGCCAUGUGCAUUUUCCCGCGUUUGUCAAAUGCGCCCACGUCAUGUUUUUCCUGAGUUGUUAUUGGUGCAUAUGACUGUCUGCACAUGACGUGAUUGGCUAGGCAAAAGAUCGCGUCUCUUUUUCAACCAAUCAGAGGUAAAAGCAAACCCAAUGGUGACUUGUUGACAUGCGUUUUCCCGCGCUUGAUGUCAUUCACGUGUACUUUCUUUGAGUCCUGAUUGACUCGUUUGACUGUCUGUGCGUACAGUGAUUGGCUGGGGAGAAAAUCGUACCACUUUUUGAAUUAGUCAGAAGAAAGUCAUCACAUUUGAUGGUUACUUGUCUGAGUCAUGUUGCGCCCACCUGAAUUAAUGUUGAUUCAUGUAUUACCCAUUUGCAAAAAACGCGCAUCCCAAAAUUAGAGAAGGAGAAAAGAAGUAAGCACGGGAAAAAGUUAGAUAAGUUGUUUGAGAAGCUGUGGCAUGAAAAAUCCUUCAUUUUCGUCAGAUCCCCUUUUACUCUGGGUGAAAGAGGUUUUUUCUCGGCCAGGUCACUGUAAACUGACCAAAAUAGGAAACCGCGCUAACUGUAAGUCUUGAUACGCUUUUCUGCGUGGCCAAUCACAACACGCGCAAACAAUAUGCACCAAUCAGAACUCGGAGAAAACAUGUGAAGCGGGCGCGCUUGUCAAGUGCGGGAAAAUGAGAAAGGCUAGCCUGUGUUCCUGCAACUGUUUCCACGCAAGUUUGUCGCAAAAGCUGGAGCGAGAGUGGUAACUUUCUGUGUAAGUCUUGGUAAAACACACCUCUUUAAUAAAACUAAACUUAGUAAGUGGGUUAGAGCAUUUCACUGUAUCUGAUCAUCCUCUAUCCUAUUGUCUCUUUUUUUAGGCUGUGAAAGCUUGUCAUACUUUAAAAGUUUUCCACCUUCAUCGUAGUGGAGUAGAUGACGAGAAAGUUCGUGUUCUUAUCAGUAACCUGUUGGACCAUCCUUCUCUUCUUACGUUAGGUGGGUAAUCCUGAGUCGUUUUUCUUUCUACUCAGUGGUAUGAAAUUUAAGUAUAAGGAUGUAUACAAUAUACUCUACUUUUUUUCGGUUUUUCAUAUCGACAAAAUUUUAGGGUAAAUAAGAGCAUAGACACGGGAAACUUGUGGACGAUUUGUUAAAAUAAUAUUUCUUAAAGGGGUUAAGUCAAAGUUUUGUCAAAAUAUGCGUUGAAAAGGUUUGGAGGUAAACAAGAAGUUUCUCGGGUGCUUCCUCAAAGGCAUCUCAAGGAGCUUUGUCACGUUAUUUUCUACCUUUUUAAAAAGCGAAAACAUGUCUUCGCAUCAAUAAAAUCCCAAAAAUAAUGCUUUAGCCUGCCACGCAGGCUAAAGCAAAAGGGAGGGCGAGAUUCGGGACGGGAUGUGGGAGUGUUUUGCCAGACUCGGAGAUGAUGGAAGUCAAGCGAUGUGGGACUAAUUUUGCUUUAAAUCCUGAAUCCCGGCUUUCAAAUAACACAAAUUCUGGAUUCUGAAAAACCUAUUAAAGACCCUUCCUUUCGCUUUUCAGAUCUUUCACACAAUAAGAUCAGCGACAGUGGAGCGAGAGCUGUAGGCAAGCUAUUGAAUGGACGAUGUAACUUAACCACUCUAAACCUCUGUGAUAAUAAGAUCCGAUCAACCGGUGCAGCCGCCAUAGGACACGCCCUCGGCAAAAACACAACACUUACAAAUAUUAACCUCAGGCUAAACAGGUGAGAGGCGUAAAAUUUGGAGUUGUCGUCGCGGUUGGUGCUAAAUAGAGAGCUUUAGAUUCUAAGACGAGGACGACUACGAGGACAAAGUUUUCUCACUACAAAGUAGUGUGCACGCGUGAACCAGCGUCAUUAGGGACUUUAAGAUCCAACGACGCGAGGGCGACAAGAACGUCGCUUAAAAAAACUGAAUUUGCGUUCUUUCAGUCUUUAUACCGAUUAUUCCUACCUACUUACUUUGUCAAUUGUAGGUGAACCCUCCUGAAGCUGAAUUUCAAGGGACCAAAUUCAAGCUCAGAAAGAGAAAUAAAAUUUCGUCUUUGCUUGUUUACGUCCUCCAUAAAACGCGAAAUUAGGCAUUUUCACGUCGUAGUCGUGCAAAAACGGGAAGGAAAUGUAUAAAAAAGCGUGAUACACGUGCGAAGUUGUUGUUGUGCUAAUUAAACCAAUUGUUUUUUUGACGUUCUCGUUGUCGUCCUCGUCGUUGGAUCUUAAAGUCCCUAUUUUAGCCGGAAAACGUGAUAGCCGUCGUCAUUCUACUACUACUAUAAAAAUUGCCCUAAAAUGUAUCUAAAAAUAAACUGGUCCGUAAAAACGCCGUGACAUAGGCCGAGUAUGGGAGUUGCUCUUUCCGGGUUAUGGGCUCCUGAUUUAUACUAAUUAUCCUUUGCUGGUUUCUGUUGCCAGACUCGGAGAUGAUGGAGGUCAAGCGAUUUGCCGUGCUCUUCUCAAGAACAACACCUUAACACACGUUCAUCUCGGGAGUAAUGACCUCGGUGAACCAACAGCAGCCAUUCUUUCACAGGUAUAUAUAAAGUUUCUAGGUUCCUUUAAGGCUUCUAACCAUGGUUUUUCACACCAUGCUGGUCUGCUUUAGUCUCCCUCGCAUCAGUCACGGCAAUUUCUAGUGUUGUCACGCAAUGCUGGGGAUGAACGUUGCGUCACGGCACUAAAAAUCGCUGCGAGGGAGACUAAGCCUGCGUGGCAUGCGCGAGGGGCCUCGCGAGGGAAGUAAUCGACCUUGCGAGAACGCUAUGGUUCCUCGCGCGCCCAGAUCUUUCGUCUCUGUUACCCGGCAGGCGGCUGGGAGUAAUGUGCGUGACCGCGUACAAGAAAGUGUAAAGCAUGAUUUUCCUUUCUAGUGAAACAGAAAGAUCUCGGUUUCUCCGGCAGACUUCAUUGAAAACAAGGAAAGUGAAGCCUUAUACUUUCAAAUUUAAAUUUUGACUUACACUUCCUCGACUGUGACAUUUCCAAGCACCUUUAUCACAAUGUCGGUUUUGCGUGGAUAGUAAAAACAAAAUAAUUCGAAAUGGAUUUUAUGUGCUCGUUUUCUAUGAUAGACUGCGUGAAGUCUGCCUUUUCUUUUAAAAUACGUCUGGUUCUUAUCUCAGCCAGCGCGAUUGUAAACCACGAUGCUACGCCUUCGCUUACGCCCUCGUUUAUGCCGGCUCGUGUGCUUGGGUUUCGAGUGCAGUAACUUUGCAAAAAAAAAUAAGAUACUGCUCGCAUUCAUUCUUCUAUUUGUAUGACAGUUUCCCAGACUGACUGAUUCAUUUUUUUUUUGUUUUCUGAAAGGUUUUAGCCUCGAACAAAACGUUAGUGGAUCUUAACUUAUCUUGCAACAAUAUCGGAGCGGUGAGUGUUUGCUUGUUUCUACUCUACUGCUCGCAUUCUAUUUGUAUGACAGUUCUACUCUCACAGAAGCACUUCGGGAAGUUGUUUCCCCCAGAGGAGACGGGUAAUCUCGUCCCUAGGGCUUUCCCUAGGGAGGAGGGUGGGGAAAGUGGCCACUGCCUGCCAGUAGCUGAAUAGCUUACAUGUAGGGUUAGGCGGUUAGGAAAAAAGGAAAAGUUUGUGACAAUUGUAUUUAGUGUAAGCUGAAAUCGCCCCGUCUGCGCUUCCAACAACAAGUGGUAUGGCGCUCAUCUCUUAUGACAGAGCAAUUUUCGUCGAGUUUUAUUCUUCCGCACAAUUUGAUUCGCUGAAAAAAAGCUCUUGCGCUGUAACACCCAGCAAUCCGGGAUAAAACCAAACCAGACAUGAGUCGUUCACACGACUUUAGAGGUAGCUUACCACAGACGUUUUUGAUCAAUGCACGUCAACCGGAGGUGAGCUUUUUGUAUUCUUGGGCAGUUGUGUUUGCCACAUUUUCGGAAAGGAACUUAAUAAUGCAAAUUUGAUAGGGUCAAGGCAUAUUACAGUCAACUCUAUUUAUAGCGGACACUGUAGGGACCUCGAGUUAGUGUCCUCAUUAGCGAGAGUUCGUAAUAACGAGAGUUUAUUUCAUUCAAACGUCUGUAAUUUGUUUUCGCCUGGAAUUUAGCAGCUUGUGUCCGUAUUAUCAAGGUGUCCGCGAGGAGAGAGUUGGCUGUAAUAGGAAAGAGACAUCACUUCCGGUUGAGGUGCGUUGCUCCAAAAAGACGGAUACUUUUACGUAUCUGGGUAACUGACCAUUUACCCCUCCCCUAAACCAACAUUAACACUUACUUCUCACUUAGGGCAAAAUGUUGAUUUAGGGGAUGGGUAGGUCGUCAGUUACCCAGAACGUAUAAUUAGCUCCCUAUUUAGCUCCCUAUUGUAACCUAAACGUGUUUCCGACAUUUGACUGUGGUUCUUAGGACGGUGGAAAAUCACUACAAGAAGGAAUGGGGGAGAACUCAACAAUACGAGCCAUGGAUUUGAGAUUAACAGAAGUUGGUCAAGAGAAUGAAUACUGCAUAAACCAGUUGUUGAAAAGGAACAGGGAGGAGCAGUACAAGCUAGGACAAACAAGCUAGGACUAUUUUCAUUUUGUUUAUACAAUGACGAACUUCGUGUUCAACAAAUGUCACCUUGUCAUAUAGUUUGCAUUGUGUUGUCUUCUAACACAUUACCAAUGGAAAAUUUCAUAUUUAGUUCAAAUUCUUCCUCUAUGGAAGAAUAACUUGGAGUUUAUUUUGCAAGUUAUCUAAAGUUAUUCUUAAGUUAUUUAAAAAUAUUAAAAAGUAUCAAUGUCGUCUAAACACGCUUUCUUUGUGCGUUUCUCAUGAAUAUUUCAGUCAAUCAUAAUUCUCGUGCCGAUUUGUGUAUCGUGGUUUACUGUGUUAAAGUAGUUUCUUGAAUUGUGAGUCAAAAACUUUCUGCAAAAUAGAAUUUCAGCGUUUAGACUUGGAUUUCUUCUGCUAAGUAAGAAGAAAUCAGGCAUUGUUAAUCUGGAAAAUCUCUCAUUAUAUCAUGAUACCACUAGAGGAAACAUUUAAAAGUAUUUUCACGGUUCUUGAAGGUGAUAAA